UCUACAUAUACUUCUCUCUUUGAUCAAUUUAUUAAUGUAUCUCAAAGGGCGAAGGACGAAAUGAGACUGGCUUACCAGACAGCUGCAGAGAAACGUUCUGAAAUUGAUGAAGAUGAAGAAAACCUCGGUUAUGCGGAAACAUACUCCGACUACGUGCCUGCAAAACUACGUUCUGGUGUUGCGCAUCCAGAUUCUGUUGUAGAAACAGCAUCGCUGAGCAGCGUUUCACCUCCUGACGUCAAGUAUCAGAUCAGUAUUCCAGAAUAUCUUAUCGACAGUGGUUCUUUAUCUGCACUGCAGCUGGAAGCAGUUAUUUAUGCUUGUCAAAUGCAUCAACAACGACUUCCAACUGGAGAAAGAACGGGUUAUCUAAUAGGUGAUGGAGCUGGUGUCGGAAAGGGACGAACUGUAGCUGCAAUAAUUUUUGAAAAUUACUUGUUGGGUCGUAAGAGAUCCAUUUGGUUAUCCGUUUCCUCCGAUUUAAAAUUUGACGCCGAAAGGGAUUUGAGGGAUAUAGGUGCCGGUAAUAUCAUGGUUUACGCACUCAAUAAGCUGAAAUAUGCGAAGAUUUCUGGAAAGGAGAAUGGGAAUAUCAAGAAAGGCAUAAUUUUCGCUACUUACUCAUCUCUUAUUGGUGAAUGCAGAGGUGCUAGAGCCAAGUAUCGUAGUCGGCUAAAACAGCUAAUCCAGUGGUUUGGUGUGGACUAUGACGGUGUAAUUAUUCUGGAUGAAUGUCAUCGUGCUAAAAAUUUGGUGCCAACUGCAGGUGCGAAGCCCACGAAAACUGGACGAAUGGUGCUCGAGUUGCAAAAAGCAUUACCCAAUGCACGUGUUGUCUAUGCAUCUGCUACUGGUGCCACUGAACCACGCAACAUGGCUUAUAUGACGAGACUUGGACUAUGGGGUCAUGGACAAGCUUUUCCUGAAUUCGCCAACUUUAUCAAUGCAGUUGAGCGAAGAGGAGUGGGUGCAAUGGAAAUUGUAGCCAUGGAUAUGAAGCAACGUGGUCUUUAUCUUGCACGUCAACUUUCAUUUCGUGGAGUGUCGUUCACUGUUCAAGAAGUCCCUUUAUCCGAGGAGUUCAUUAAAGUCUAUGACGAUUCAGUGAAGUUGUGGUUAGAGUGUCGACGACAAUUCCAGGUAAUUUUGAGUGCCAUGACAGGUGAGGAGAGAUCGUCGUGUAAGCAACUUUGGGGACAGUUUUGGGCAUGUCAUCAGCGUUUCUUCAAAUAUCUCUGCAUUGCCGCUAAGGUAGACACAUGUGUCCAGAUGGCUCGUGAUGCCAUAAAGGCGAACAAAUGUGUAGUGAUUGGAUUACAGUCGACGGGAGAGGCUCGAACACUGGAGACUCUUGAAGAAAUGGUUUUUUCGUCCUGUAUAUUUCCUGUAUGUAAUUCCUUAUCUUUUUUGAUCAGUGACUAUAUAGGGCUUGAUGAUUGGUUGAAAGCGCUUUUGGCCGAAGCUGCUUCUUCGAGCGAUACCGACGACGACGACGAUAAAGAAGAUCAAAAAACUAGUGGUGGAGAAGAAGAAUUUAAUCCGUUUAACUGUGACUUCACAGAUGAUCCGUGGGCAUCUAAGCAACAGGUUGUGGAAGACUUGCCAAAAAAGCAGAAUUCGGUAAUGAAGUUAUUGAAAUUUGAAGAAGAACUUCGUUUACGACGACGCGCUAGGCGAAAAAGACGGAAGAAGCGCAUGAAAAAAUUAGCUAGAGAAAUGGAGAUGAAGAAGAAUCGUGAAGUACGUAGCGAUGCAAUGCGAAAGUGUCAAUCCGAAAAUGAUCAAGGUUUUUUUUCAGUUCAACAUUUUUUUUCAUCCAACUCUUUACUAGCUGAAUUGUUAUCUGCCGUGGAACGACUCGGUCCUUCUUUACCUCCCAAUACUUUGGAUCAUCUUAUUGAUCAGCUUGGCGGACCUGAAUACGUUGCGGAAAUGACGGGUCGCAAAGGCCGCAUCGUAACGAGGGAUGAUGGUGAAGUAGGGUAUGAGUUGCGUCAUGCUGGUGCGGAUGUGCCACUGGAGUUGAUGAAUAUGGACGAGAAGGAUAAGUUUAUGAAGGGUGAAAAGAAGAUAGCUAUUAUAUCGGAGGCUGCUUCAAGUGGAAUUUCUUUACAAUCUGAUCGUCGAGCCAAGAACACGCGUCGUCGUGUCCACAUCACAUUAGAAUUGCCUUGGUCCGCUGAUAAAGCUAUACAACAAUUUGGUCGUACUCAUCGUUCUAACCAAGUCAGCGCUCCGGAGUACAUUUUUCUCAUUUCUGAGUUGGCCGGAGAGAAGCGGUUUGCAUCUAUUGUGGCCAAGCGGUUGGAAUCGCUCGGUGCACUUACUCAUGGUGACCGUCGAGCCACUGAAACUCGAGAUCUGUCGCAGUUCAAUCUCGAUACGCGGUAUGGUCGUGAUGCACUGGAAGUGUUGCUGAAAUCUGUUACUGGAGCGUUGAGUCCACCACUUAUAUUACCACCUGCAAACUAUAAACCGGGAGAUUUUUUCCAGGAUAUGCGCCUAUAUUUGGAGGGAGUCGGUCUGUUGUCAAAACAACUUAAUAGUGAUUCUUAUGUAAUUGAACGAGAAUCUGCUACCAUUGCAAAAUUCCUCAAUCGCAUUCUGGGAAUCCCUGUCCACGCUCAGAAUGCUCUCUUCCACUAUUUCACUGAAAUUGUGGCUGAGUUAAUUGCACAAGCAAAGCUAGAUGGCACAUAUGAUAUGGGAAUAAUGGAUCUGGGCACUGGAGGUGACCAAGUUCGUAAAUUAGAGACGCGCGUAUUUGUUGGUACAGCAGAAAAAGGCGGAUUCCGGGUAGAAAUGCAGAAGAUUGGCGUCGAAAGAGGAUUAUCUUGGGAAGAAGCUUUCUCUCUUUACAAGGAACACAAUUCCGAUGAGGAUGGUUUCUACGUUUCAAACUCCUCAAGUAUCGGUCGUCAAGUUGCAGUUCUAGUUUAUGGUAUUGGGAAACGUCGUUUUGACACAGGAGCACGGUAUUCGUUAACCCAUUUAUUUCCCACUAAAGUAUUUAUUUUUAUGUGUACAUACUUGUAUAUACAUAUGUGUACAUAUAUGUAUAUCACCUGUCACCUGUAUCACCUGUAG